UGCUAACGUUACGCGAACGCUGCUAGAGACGGAUUAGCAUUGUGCUAGUUGGUUAAAUACGCCGGUAAAAGUUUGUUAUCAGUCCAUAAAAGUUGCAGUUGCGGCAAAAUAUAUAGCUCCGUACAGUGGCACCGCAUAGAGAUUUAUUUGGCCCAUGAAGGCGCUCAAUCCAAGAGAGACACAGUAGUAGCUGUGUAGCCUGUCCGGCUGGUUAUUGUUGUGUCCCUCAGGGAUGUUUACUCCCUAACUAGUGCACUGCACAGGGCACAAAGUAAUGCAUUCUACACCUAAAUAGCGCACUAGGGCGUUCAAUAGGGAUCUCCUUGAGUUCCAGCCGUAGCUAAGUGCUCCUUUCACGUCGCCUGUCCCUGCUGUAGGUGUCUGAGACCUGUGAGAGGAGUGUAAUGGGAGUUCAUGGGUUAUGGAAACUGCUGGAGAGCACAGGGAAGCCCGUCAACCCUGAAACGCUCGAGGGGAAGAUCCUAGCAGUCGAUAUCAGUAUCUGGCUCAACCAGGCAGUAAAGGGGGUCCGGGAUCGGGAUGGUAACAGUGUCCAGAACGCCCACCUUCUCACACUGUUUCACCGCCUAUGCAAGUUGCUGUUUUUCCGCAUCAAGCCCAUCUUUGUGUACGAUGGAGAUGCACCACUGCUUAAAAAGCAGACCCUGGCCAUCAGGAGACAGAGGAAGGAGGAGAUGGCUCGUGAAUCAAAGCAGACCAAUGAGAAACUCCUCAGGACCUUCCUGAAGAGGCAGGCCAUCAAAGCUGCACUGGGGGACCGCAGUCAAGAGACAGUUCCUAGUAUCUCCUCUGUUCAAAGAGAUGCAGAAGAUGACAUGUAUGUUUUACCAGCACUGCCUCCCAUAGAGGAGAAAGAGAGGAGUAGCUCUGAUGAAGAAGAGAACAGAGAUGGGGAUGAGAUGCCAGAGGCUUAUCUCAGAUUUCAGGAGGAGUUCUAUGACAAUCCCAGUUCCGUAGACAUAAACUCCCAGGAGUUUUCCCUCUUAUCACCGGAGAUCAAACAUGAGAUCUUGAAAGAGAUGAAGGAGUUUACCAAGAGAAGACGUACAUUGUACCACACACCUCCAGAGAGAUCAAGGGACUUCUCUCAAUACCAGCUGGCAGGGCUGCUGCAGAGGAAUAACCUGAACCAGCGUCUGGAAGGAGUGGAGAAGGAGAUGAGCCAGAGGAGCUAUGGAUCCAUGGAGGAGCAGUACAGGCAAGGAGGAGAACACACUAUUGAGGCCCACCGAGUCAUCUCUGAGGACUCCUCGCACUACAUUCUCAUCAAAGGGCACCAAAAGCCUGUCAAGGCUCCCGAAAGCCAACCAGCUGCCACUCCUUGGUCCAGUGGGCCGUGGUCAAAAAGAGGAAGACCUAAAGGACGGCCUGAGCCCCUUUGGCGCCCAGUAUCGGAUGAUAUCCUAGAGGGAAAUGACCCUUCUUUUUCAUCAUCAUCAUCAUCAUCUACAACCCCAAAGCCAACUCUUUCUGUGGAGAAACAGUCCUCGGAUGGAGCUCCCCCCUCUCCACGAACCCUUCAAGCCAUUCAGGCAGCCAUGAUGGACACCAGCUCUGAUGAAGAUGAAGGGGUCUCCAAGAAAACAGUCCAAGGAAGCAGAACGACAAGUUCUCAGGAUGACAAUGGGGGUGUGUCUCCUCGUACUUUAGAAGCCAUUCAGAGAGCCAUGAUGGAGGAUGACACAGCAUAUAAAAAGGCUCCUCAGCCAAAGUAUGUCAUCAUCACCAGCUCUGAAGAUGAGGAUGGAGAGGAAAGUAAAAUGAGUGUCUUGCCUGAAGCUCAGGAAGAACAUGGAGGUGGAGUUUCUCCACAAACGUUGCUGGCCAUUCAGAGAUCCUUGGGAGAAAGUGGCACUAAGCACAAAGAACAGCAGGAUCACUCAACCAGUUCUGAGGGGGAGGAAAUGGAAAAGGUGGUUGGAAUGAGGAGCAAGGCUUUCAGAUCUGCUGUGCUGACUGAAGGAGAAGAAUGCAGACCAGACGAGAAGAAAAGCAGUGUAGCAGAUGCCCGAAGUACAGUUUUUCCCUUCUCAGAUGACUCAGAUGAGGAGAUUAAACCCAAGUCCCACCACCAUGCUUCACUCCAAGGUCAAGAAGAAACACUUGAAGAAAGUGACUUACCUGAGAAGGUUUUUCCCCAGAAAGGAAGCUUAGAAACUGGUACUGACCAGGCAGACGUUCACACUGAAAGGCAGAGACAGGAAAGAAAAGGGCAAAUUACAGUAAAGAGUGAAGAGGAGGACAGCAGCUCUGAAGAGGAUUUCAUCGAGGUCUCAGAAGGGGAGGAGAUGUCUGAAUUAAAUGAUUCGGUAACCAGAGUCGAUGAACUGUUAACAAGUCAGACCACACAGCUAGAUGUGAAUAAGACAGAAGAGGACAUGGAAAUAAGUAAUGAGGGGGCAGAUACAAGUGACAUAAGUCUGCACUCAUCUCUAAACCAGACUGAAAUGGAGAGGCAAGAAACUGAGUCUGCUCAGGAAGCCACAACUGUCCCUGCUUCCAGUGAAUGGGACAACAUUGAUACGGAGGAGCUGGAGCAGUUGGAGAGAGAUUUGCAGGUGGAGCAGAGCAGUCUACACGAGCAGCAGCAGCAACAGCAGCGCAGUGCUGCUACAGUUACAGGACAGAUGUGUCAGGAGAGCCAGGAGCUGUUGCGGUUGUUUGGUGUGCCCUUCCUGGUAGCACCUAUGGAGGCUGAAGCUCAGUGUGCAGCUCUGGACCGAACCGAUCAGACUCAUGGCACAAUCACUGAUGACAGUGACAUCUGGCUGUUCGGAGGACGACACGUCUACAAAAACUUCUUCAGCAAUAACAAAUAUGUGGAGCAUUACCAGUAUGUGGACAUUCAGAACCAGCUGGGACUAGACAGGACCAAGAUGAUCAACUUGGCAUAUCUAUUGGGUAGUGAUUAUACUGAGGGGAUUCCAGGGGUUGGAUAUGUUACAGGCAUGGAGUUGCUCAAUGAGUUCCCUGGGUCUGGACUGGAACCACUCACAGAGUUCAGUGAAUGGUGGAAUGAGGCUCAAAAGAACAAGAAGCUGGUCACUAAUCAGAAGGACACCAAAGUCAAGAAAAAGCUGAGAAACUUGACAGUACAUGCUGGCUUCCCCAACCCUGCUGUCGCCCAGGCCUACCUCCAGCCAUCUGUUGAUCAAUCAGAGGGCUCCUUUAGUUGGGGCUGCCUGCAGCUCCAUCUAAUCAAAGAGUUUUGUUUUAGCCGUUUUGGUUGGAACAGCAAGAAGACAGAAGAGACGCUGCAGCCAGUGCUCAAACAGCUCAAUACUCAACAGACACAACUGCGCAUCGACUCCUUCUUCCGUUUGGAGCAGCAGGAGAAGCAGGCCAUCCGUAGCCAGCGCCUGCGCAGAGCUGUCACUUGCCUUAAGAGGAAAGAGCGUGAAGGAGUGAGCAAAGAAGACGAAAGUGAUGAAGAUGAAAAACAAGUGUCGCCGGUCAAGAUGGGAAAGAAGGAGAAAGCCAAAGAGGGAGGCACAGACAUUACACCUGCAGGAGUGUUUGGAGGAGGUUUCAUUGGGUCAGACGUCUACACCGACAUCCUGGAAGACGAGAUAAAAGAUGAGCAGCCUGUUCAGGAGGAGAAACAGCCUAGCAAACCCUCAAAGGUGGAGCCUGUCAGCAGCAGCUCGAACUCAGAGGAUGAAAAUGAGAACAGCUAUGGAGCUGCCAUGGUCACUGCACGCUCUGUGUUUGAGCUGAAGCCGAGAGGGAGAGGGAGAAGAGGAGGACGAGGUGGGAGAGGAAAGGCCAAGAAAAGCUUAUAAAGAUGAAAUUUAAAAAUAAUAUUUAUCAUGUUUAAGAAGCAAAAGAGGACAGUAACCGUAUGAUGUGAAAUGAAUUUCAGCUGUAAGUGAUAGUUUGGUGAAAAAUCAGAGUGCCAAAAGUGUCAUCCAAAUUAUGUUUGGUGUCUUGGAAGCUUCUGAACACUUGUUUUUUUGAUGCUGAAUGACAUACUCUUAUCUAUGUAAAUGGACAAAAUAAAAGAUGUCUGUGUCAGAAACCACAUUAGCAAGACUUUGGCAUUGGUUGGUUGCUAGUUGGCUACAUUAGCAUCGUAGCUCCAGUGCAUAACUAAAGAAGCAAAGUUCAGACACCAACCAUGUCUUGGCUGAUUAUCUCCAUAUGGACGAAGGGGAAAUUAGCUUUUUGCCGAAUUUUCACUUUAAAUUACAAUAAAUUACACAAAUGAUGACCGUUUGUAUAUCAUUUAUAUACACUACUAUAUUAGUUGUGUAUUAUUUGUGUGCAUUGUCAAAGCAUGUGUAUUUUUCUCCAUUUUUGUGUAAAAAAACUCUGUAGCUCUUUAUGUUUGAAAGAAUAUUUGUAUAGCAGUGAAUGGACAAAUUCACUCUCACAAUUAUGGUUAAAAAAGUGGAAUUUCUCAAAGUUUCUGUGUGUUAUAUUAAUUUUAUAUUACUUAUGUAUAACUUUUUAUCAGAGCUGUAAUUACUUCUGUCAGUAAACUGUCUAUGCUGUU